ACAUUUUGCACAGGAUUUUAAAAGGUUCUCUUAUAAGCACUAUUUUUAACAGCCAAAUCCACCCCCCUAAACAGAAAGGAAAAAGCCCUAGGUAUUUUUCUGUGAGCGAUCUCAGUUGAUGAUCAGCUGAAGCAUCUCUCACAACAUUUACCUGAAGCCUGGUUUUAUUUUACCUUUUGGUGAUUCAAGCUGAGAUUUUUGGAGGUGGUAUGGAUUUUUUUGGCUUCUUGGAUUUUUUUAUUAUUAUUGUUCCUUCUUAACUGGCAUGAGAAAAAAUGAGAAUUUAUUUGCAGUAGAAUACUUGGAAACUGAGAGCUUGAAAGGCAGAGGGAAGAGAAGGAAGGCUCUCAGAGCAGAGCAUGGAUAGGAAAGGAGCAGUGCUUCUGCGGUGCUCAGUGUGCACAUGUUUCAUGAGAUCAGUGCCGGGCGCUGCAGCUGCGGACAAUAACUGAGCUGUCUGGCUAAUGAAGGCCACCUGGAUCAGGCUUCUGAAAAGAGCCAAAGGAGGACGUCUGAAGAAUUCUGAUAUCUGUGGUUCGGCGGACUCCUACACCAGCCGUCCAUCCGAUUCAGAUGUAUCUCUGGAAGAAGACAGGGAAGCAGUGCGAAGAGAGGCAGAGCGACAGGCCCAGGCACAGCUGGAAAAAGCAAAGACCAAACCUGUUGCAUUUGCAGUUCGGACAAAUGUUGGGUACAGUGCAGCUCAUGAUGACGAUGUUCCAGUCCCAGGCAUGGCCAUCUCAUUUGAGGCUAAAGAUUUUCUUCACGUUAAAGAAAAAUUUAAUAAUGACUGGUGGAUAGGACGGUUGGUAAAAGAAGGCUGUGAAAUAGGAUUCAUACCAAGCCCAGUCAAACUAGAAAACAUGAGGCUGCAGCAUGAACAAAAGGCAAAACAAGGAAAAUUCUACUCCAGUAAAUCAGGAGGAAAUUCUUCAUCCAGUUUGGGUGACAUCGUUCCUAGUUCCAGAAAAUCGACGCCUCCAUCAUCUGCUAUAGACAUAGAUGCCACUGGCUUAGAUGCAGAAGAAAAUGAUAUUCCAGCAAACCAUCGCUCCCCCAAACCCAGUGCAAACAGUGUAACAUCACCCCACUCCAAAGAGAAAAGAAUGCCCUUCUUUAAGAAGACAGAGCACAUCCCUCCUUAUGAUGUAGUGCCUUCUAUGCGACCAGUAGUUUUAGUGGGGCCUUCUCUGAAGGGAUAUGAGGUAACAGAUAUGAUGCAAAAAGCAUUAUUUGAUUUUUUAAAACAUAGAUUCGAAGGGCGUAUAUCAAUUACCCGAGUCACAGCAGACAUCUCCCUUGCCAAACGCUCAGUAUUAAACAACCCCAGUAAGCAUGCGAUAAUAGAACGAUCUAACACAAGAUCAAGCUUAGCUGAAGUUCAAAGUGAAAUUGAACGGAUUUUCGAGUUAGCUAGGACUCUACAGUUGGUAGUUCUUGAUGCUGAUACCAUUAACCACCCAGCUCAACUAAGCAAAACCUCUCUGGCUCCCAUUAUAGUAUAUGUGAAGAUUUCUUCUCCAAAGGUUUUACAGAGGUUAAUAAAAUCUCGAGGGAAAUCUCAGGCCAAACACCUUAAUGUUCAGAUGGUGGCAGCUGAUAAACUGGCACAGUGUCCUCCUGAAAUGUUCGAUGUAAUUCUUGAUGAGAACCAGCUUGAAGAUGCUUGUGAGCACCUUGCUGAUUAUCUGGAAGCCUACUGGAAGGCCACACAUCCAGCUAGCAGCAAUCCUCCUAACCAGCUUCUCACUCGCACACUUGCAACAGCCACUCUUCCUAUUAGCCCAGGUCCAAAUAUUAAUUUACAGGGAUCUCAAGGAGACCAGAACGCAGUCCCUGAACGCAGCAGUUCACAAAUUGAAGAGGAAGCGCGGGUUGAGCCCAUCAAGAAAUCCCAGCAUCGCUCUUCCUCCAGCCAACACCACAACCAUCGCAGUGGUGUCAGAGGCCUUCCCAGGCAAGAAACUUUUGACUCAGAAACACAAGACAGCAGAGAUUCGGCUUAUGUAGAGCCAAAGGAGGACUACUCACAUGAGCACGGUGACCACUAUGAUUCUCACAGGGAUCACAAUCAUAGAGACGAGUCCCACGGGAGCAGUGAUCACAGACACAGAGAAUCGAGGCAUCGCUCAAAGGAGAGGGACCGCGAGCAGGACCACAAUGAAUGCAACAAACAGCGCAGUCGUCAUAAAUCAAGGGACCAAUAUUGUGACAAGGAUGGCGAAGUGAUAUCGAAAAAACGUAACGACGCAGGAGAAUGGAACAGGGAUGUUUACAUCCGUCAGUAACUUUUGUCUCCCGCAGUCUUGUGUUUCUCUCAAGUCUUGUAACAAUGCCCCUUGAAAAUAUCUUUGGGUUCUUCAUUGCAGAACAUAUGGUAUCCUUCUGUAUGCUGAUUUGUACUGCUGUUGCGUGCAUAGCAAUAGCAUGAAAUAGAAUAUUCAUAUAUUAUUUUUUUGGUUAGUGCUAUAUGAAUUAGCAUAGUACAGCCACAGAGAUCCUGAUGUUGUACUAUGCCAUUUUUCAAGCUGUUUUUGGUAGCUGCCACUUGAACAAUAUCUGUUGCCAUCAAGGUGUUGUGUUUUUUAAAAAAGGUAUAUUUGAUGUUUAAUAACUUCCCGUGUAUUCAGCAAGCCAGAAUCAGCACAUAAAAAAAAAAAAUCUA